AUGGUGGACGCGCCGCGUGCGGACCGUACGAGCCGCCCUCGUCUUCUUCUUCAUCGGAGCUGCCGAAGAGCGGACCACAAUGCAGUUCCUUCAAGCGGUUUAAAAGUGACACGCCGGACACGUCUGACGCCACCGAAGCAUCGUCCGGAGGUGAUAACGGCGCGGUGUUCAGCGCAGGCGGCGGAGAAACUGCGGACGGAGCAGAAGCGGGCGAGGUCGCUGAAGACCCAACAGGGAGACGGAGGCGACGGCGGCGACGGUAACUGCGGCGACGAUGGAGGUGACGGUAGCGGAGGUGACGAUGGUGGGGACGAUACGGGGCCGGUGCAGACGGCCGGGAGCUGGUCAAUAAUGCAGCCAACACGCAAGAGUGCGCUAGAAUCCUGA